CUUUUCACACCUUUAGCUCAUGGCAUGCUGCAGGACGAGUUGGAAGAUCGUUCGCGGAUCGUGCAGGGACCGCCCGGACUCCCAGGUCCCCCAGGCCCACCUGGUUCCGACCCGAACAUCACAGAGCUCAUGAACCGCAUGAGGGCUCACGGAGGUCUCACUGGACCUCCUGGUAGACCAGGGCAGAAGGGCGAGAUGGGACACCCAGGCCCGACAGGGGGACAAGGCUUCCCAGGAGCUACAGGACCUCAAGGGCCUCAUGGGGAGAAAGGUAAGUACUGUCACACAUGACCAUUCAUAUGGUCUGAAGUUAACGUCUGGUUAAUUAUCACUUUUAAAAAAUCAUUUAAUGUUUUGGUUUACGGAAGUAGGACUGCAUGAAGCUUUAACAUAAAUGUACCUCAUGGGGGAGAGUAGUGAACUCUGAAAAUUUGCUAAAACUAAUUCACCAUUCAUGACCAUUCAGUCCCAAGGAGAAAGCGCUAAUGAGUGCAACUAACACUCUGUAAUAGUAUGUCCCACUUCACCAUGCCUCUCCUGUUAAUCAGUUCAACAGAGGGGUCAGUUAUAGGUAUAUAUGAUCUAUAACGCAUCUAUAAAGCAUUUAUAACUGUGGAAAUGUCUGCAUCUCUUCUUUCCAUUUCAUUUGUAUGCAUGCAAGUAUGAUAAAGUGAAAAGACAACUUGAGUGUUGAAACUGAUUGUGAUUUCUUAACUUCUUGUGUUUUUUCUUCUCGAUCAGGCGAGGCUGCAUGGGUGAAACACAGAAGACGGCGAAGCACUAGAGCGUAAUCACCAGCGUGCAGAUGUCCCUCUUAAGGCCAGCUCAGACCAAAGAUUUGCGAAGAGACAAGCUACAACUACGUGACACCAGCAAACAAAACGUUGUAAAACAGUGGAGUUCAGACUGCUGCGACAUCUUGCAACAGCAAAACAACAAUCACCCUGAACCUUGCAAGGUUAAUGCUGGCGCAUCUGCCCCUGUUGAUUGAGACCCAAUCCCACUCUCAGCCCCUUGCCCACCUUUUAGCAUUUUUCUAAAUUAUGCAGUGGGUGAAAUUACACUUUAAUUCACACCACUCAGCAACUCUGCUUUGCGACGUUCUGCAGCGGUUUCAUGUUGAUGCAAAUCUCUGGUAUGAAUUGGCCUUCAUACUACCGCUAGAUUAUAAUUUACCCAGCCGCUCUUUGUCUGCUGUCAUUUUUUGAAGAUGAUUUUAGGAUCUUAGCCAGUAUGUGGUUUUUAAUCACACUCGAAGUAAUGAUGCUCUGACUCACUAAAUGACCAAUAACAAUAAUAUAUCUAAUAUAUAGUGCUGGUGUUUUUUGUUGUUGAGAAAAGCAGUUUUCAUUUAAGGAUUGAUUUUUUUGUAUAAAUGAUUUAAAAGUUCAAUAUUCUUGCAUGUUCCUUGCAAGGGGGACUUGUCAUACUGUGUUUGAAUGUGGGGUGUUUUUAUAAAAAAAUUGAUAUUAUAAUAAGAGUAUAUAUAUAUAUAUAUAUAUAUAUAUAUAUAUUUCUACUCGCUUCAUUUGGAGUUGACAGUUUAGUGAUAGACCAGCAUUGGGCAGAAGAUGCUGACUACAAUUAAAAUACAGGUGUAGGGACAAGACUGAGGUCACGUAUAUCACCUCAGUUUUAAUACACUGUCAAAACGUCCCCUGAAUGUAUACACUCCACACAAUAAAACUCUUAGUUUCUAUGAAAAAAACGACAUGUCUCUCAAGUGUUAUUGUAUACUAUUUAGGGGUACAAUGAUCCGAAGCACACCUCAAAAUCAACACAAAAAUGGUUCACCGACCGCAGAAUAAAGGUUU